AUGGCAAAAGAUAAGAAGAAAGAUGGCAAGAAGGUAGAAAAGCCUGUAUGUUCUCCUAUUUCUGUACAAGAUACUGCAGCUGAGAGUAGUUCAACAAAGCUGACAGAUUUGCAGAUGUUAGUGAAUGGAGCGGAAGAAACACAGGCAAAUGCAGUGAUACCGCUUAAAGACCCAGAGGAGGCAGAGGAGCCUCCAGUCCAAGAUGUUCCUCAGUACUGCGAGGAGGCUGUUCUUACUCAAGUUGGUGUCAAAAGCUACGAAGGUGAAAAAGUCCAUGGAUUGUAUGAGGGCGAAGGAUUUGCGUGUUUUGAGGGGGGAAAUACAUAUAAGGGCAUGUUUUCUGAAGGAUUUAUGCAUGGACAGGGGACUUACACAUGGGCUGAUGGAGUGAAGUAUGAGGGAAUGUUUGUUAAGAAUGUGCAGAUGUUUAAUGGCCGUUAUACAUGGAAUGAUGGCAGCAUUUACGAAGGAUCAAUCAAGAAUGGACUUAGGCAUGGAUUUGGAUUCUUCAGGAGUGGUACUCAUCCUGUUUCUUACAUUGGUUAUUGGUGUAAAGGCAAAAGGCAUGGAAAGGGUACCAUUUAUUACGAUGAGGAACAUACCUCUUGGUAUUCAGGUGACUGGGUAAAUAACGUCAAAGAAGGAUGGGGAAUGAGAUGCUAUAAGUCUGGAAAUACGUAUGAAGGUCAGUGGGAGAAAAAUGUACGUCAUGGAAAAGGAAGAAUGAGAUGGUUGACAGCUAAUCAAGAGUAUAUGGGACAGUGGGUGUAUGGCAUACAGCAUGGAUAUGGCACCCACAUAUGGUUUUUGAAGAGAAUGCCUGCAUCUCAAUAUCCUUUAAGGAAUGAAUACGUAGGUGAUUUUGUAAAUGGGGAACGUCAUGGACAUGGGAAGUUCAUAUAUGCCAGUGGAGCAGUGUACGAUGGUGAAUGGGUUUGUAAUAAGAAGCAUGGCAAGGACAAGGUUGUCUUCCAGAAUGGUCAUGUUUAUGAAGGAGAGUUCAUAGAUGAUCGUAUAGUAGAAUAUCCUGCUUUUCAAGGGGAUGUGGUGAACGUGAAAGAGCUGGAUGCCAUUUGCGCUGGAAGUCAUUUUGGCACUGAAAACAUUACAAUCAUUAAUGGCUCAGAAAAGUCUUCUAUUCUGGGAUCAGAUAUUGAGUUGAAUAUAUCUUCACUGCUUGACUUGUUGCCAAGGGAAGAGAGACAUGAAGAAGUGAAACAAGUGGAAUAUGCUAUGUUGAGGCAUAUUACAGAACUGAGAAGAGUUUACACCUUCUACAGCAGCUUAGGCUGUGGUCACUCUCCAGACAACACCUUCCUCAUGACUAAGCUCCAGUUUUGGAGAUUUCUGAAGGACUGCCAGUUUCAUCACUCCAACAUAACUCUUGCUGAAAUGGAUCGGAUAUUGAAUGGUGAUAAGACACCACUGGAGGAGGUGCAUUGUCCACACAAGACUUUACUGUUCAGAACAUUUUUAUCUUACCUGAUACGUUUAGCAUUUCAUAUCUAUCAUGAAGAGCACAAAGAGAAAGGUCCUUACCUGCAGAAGUGUUUCUUAGAAAUGAUGUCCAGGAAUGUCAUUCCCGCUGCCUGUCGUGUCCAGGGUAUCUUAUUUUCUGAGGAACGAUGUACAGUUUUUACUAUGAGCUAUAUCGGCAAAUGCUGGGAAAUACACAGAGCUUUUUGUAGACCGAGUACCAGACCUCCAUUUGAACUCACAAUGAAAAUGAGGCACUUUCUUUGGAUGUUGAAUGAUUUUAAACUUCUCAGCAAACAAUUAACUGUUUCAAGACUUGUGGAAAUACUUGUCAAAGAUGGUCCCUCUCUACAUGAUAGCAGUAGCACCAACCUGGAGCAGGAGUUGGUUUUUCUUGAAUUUGUUGAAGCUCUUCUUGAUUGUGCAUCGGUGUAUGUUACCAGUGAUAUGAUUAAGGAGCAAGUAGAUCAUGGUAAUCAGAAAAGAAGUAGCUGUAGAAUCGAGGGUCUCUCCGAGGGAACCGCAAAUGUGUCUUUGUACUCAGAAUAUUCUCUGUCCCAGCCACUGAGACCUUGUGAAGACAGAGGGCAUUCUCUUCAUGAAUUUCUACUGCAGUCAUUUUAAUUUUCUUUCUUUACAAUCUCAGACACUGUCCUCUCAUUUCACACAGCUCAUGGAGAUAUCAAAGAUGUUCCGUCAUUGUUAAGCUGGGAUGCAGAAAAAGAACAAGAUUUCUUUCCAGCAAAGAAAUUGAGAGAUGAACCAAAAGAAGCCAAAACUGAACAAGAUGAGGAAUUUAGUCUGUGGAUGCAUCAGGUGCAGAUCUUUUUUACAACUAAGUUCUUUCCUGCCUACCAGCAUGAAAAAGUGUUGAGGGAAAAAAUAAAAGAAAAUAGAAUACGGGAUGCUGAAUUAGCUGAGCUGAGAAAGAUAAAGGAUGAGGAGCUGGCAAAAUUUAUUGCUGAAAGAGAAGUAGAAGAGGCAAAAAGGCAAGAAGCAGCUGCAGCAGAAAAAACAUUUGACUCCAAGAGUGCAGAUUUUGAGUUAGAGGAGCCUGUUGCACAGUUAGUACCCCCUCCGAAGGAAGAGGCCCCUGUUGUAGCAGCCCCAGUUGUUACCAAGCUGCCUGCUGGCAAAAAGAGAAAGAAGAAACAAGUCUUCUGA